CCGAUUCAGUUGAGUUUGAGAUCUUGUUGUGGUGAAACCUCGCUGCUCGACGACGACGACGACGACUACGGCGAAGGAGAAGGCGAUUCCCUUCUUGUGGAGAAGCACUUGUGUUUUGAAAAGGCGGUCUGAAAAGAAUUUCGUGCCGCGAGUACUUCCACUGAGCUGUGCAAAUCCGACUAUCUGAGAGCAUCCGCACCCCCGGAAUCCGGAACGAGGAAUCGAUCAACCGUCCGUCGCAGCAACCGACGACGGCGCGAUCGAUCGCGCUGCUGGAGCAGCGCUAUACCGCGCGUGUGUGUAAUCUGAUCGGUUACGAAAAUACGUGUGAUAUUCAGUGCGGUUGCGCGGUGAUUUGAAUAUCACCUCCGAGCGGUAAUCAUCAGACAAACAAAUACCUUCGCGGGUGCGGCCAACUGGAUCCGGGGAUCCGAAAAGUGUCUCAAAAUACCCAUCAAAGUGUCAUUCGGAGUGGAGCGUGAAGCGCAUGAAGAAGUGUGAAAAUUAGAAAGGUUCCGCUGAAAUCGAAGAUCUUCGAAGCGUUUCGUUAGAGGCAAGAUUCCGAUCCGAUCGACCUCCCCAGAGAGGACGAAGCAAAUAUAAUCGAUCAGAGAGAAGUGUAAAAAAAAGUGUGAAACCUGAUGCAACUCGAUUUGUUUCGUGUUAGGCAAUCGAUGAGUGGCGUUUGAGUGUGAUUUUGGUUGUGAAUUUAUUUUUGUCCAAUGUGCCAAUAAUACGCGCGCCAGUCGCCAGUCGCAAGAAGUUUACCAUGAAGAUGAACAGAGUCAACAAGCGGUCGCUGUGCGUGGCGACGACGGUGGUGCUGGUGGUGGUGAUCGCAGCACUACUGGGACCGGUUGUCGAAGCCCACGUUGCUUUGACGUUUCCACCGGCGCGAAAGUAUGACCUCGAUUUCCUGGACAAUUCCCGCACCAAGGGGCCCUGUGGGAUGCCGAAAGGUUCAUUGAAAACGUCGUUCCUGGCCGGAAGCACUUUCAACGUUUCGUGGCAUCUCGCGUAUCCGCAUCGGGGUGGAUUCCGAUUGGAAGUUUUGGAUCAGAAGGAGAAGCCCAUCCUGAAUUUGACGCCGGUCGUCAAGGGAAAGCAGUUCGUACGGGAAGAUGCUACGGCACAGCAAUUCCAGGUAUCGCUACCGAAGGAUUUCACCUGUCCGGAUUGUUCUAUUCGGUUAACGCGACAAGCCGAUGAGUGGGGUGGAAACUACCUGUUCUGGUCUUGUGCCGAUGUGGACAUUGUUCAGAGGAAAGAAUUCCGUGAGACCUGUUCGGGACAUGGCAAGUUCAUUGCACGGUGCAAAUGCGAGAAGAAAUACUACGGGAAUCGAUGUGAAUUUUGGGACGAAUGUACCACUAACCAGGACUGCGGUAUUCAGGGAACAUGUGUCGACUUGGGGGGAACUUCGCUACCUCGCAAACAGUGCUACUGCCGGCUCGGAUGGUUCGGACCGGGAUGCAACAAAAAAUCUCCAAUCAAAUCAACGGACAUUGAUUACUCACUGUACAAGUUGAAAAACUUGUCACCCGAUCUGAACGUGUAUUGGCGUGUGCUCAAAGAACAGAGUGAAAUCGAAGUGGUGCUGAAGGUCAACGGAACUUCGUGGGUUGGCCUGGGAUGGCGACCCCGCAAGAUGACAGCCGAAUGUAAGAACUUCCCACUGAUCGGGGCUGCAGCUGAAGGUGGUUCAGCCGAGCCAGAGCCAGGAGCAGAGCCUACUGCUGAGCCGGAACCAGGUGCAGAACCAGAACCCGGAAGUGAACCAGAACCGGAGGCUACCUCAGAACCCAAUGCUGAGCCAGGCGCUCAUCCAGAACCUGAACCUGAAAGCACAUCGGAACCCGAACCGGAACCAAAAUCCCCCAAGGCUGAACCUGAACCCGAACCAGCUGCUGCUGAACCAGAACCGGAAGCAGCUUCGGAACCCGAACCGGAGAGCACAUCUGAACCGGAACCGACUGCAGAAACCAAGGCGGAGCCAACUGCUGAACCGAAGGCUGAACCCAAGUCCAGUAAGAAGAGUAAACGUACCACUUCCGAUUCCAAACCACCUUCAAGCGAACCAGAACCGGAGUCUUCCCCCAAGGCUGAACCGGAGCCAAAGUCCGAACCGGCAUCCGAGCCGGAACCCAAGGCGGAAACCACUGCCAAACCGAAACCGGCAGCCCAAAAGAAGGCAAACCCAUGGACACCUCGACAUGAUUUCAACCCCAUGGACUGUACGGACAUUGUCAUUGGAACGGCUCGGGGCGAGAGUCAUCGCAUCUGGGACUACUACACCCGGGAUCGCUCCACUCCACGAGUGGACUCCUUCUGGGGUGGCAAAUCGGAUCUGACCGCUACCGGAGGCUUCGAGGUCGAUGGCGUUACGACCAUUGUGUUCCGGAGGAAGCUGGAGGCCAACGAACCUACGGAUCACUCGUUCGUGGACGAUCUGAUGCACGUUAUCUGGGCCAAGGGACAGGAACCGGGAGCGUACGUGCAUUCGCCGCCGUCCGGAUUGGAGAAGGAAAUGGCCAGCGUGAAGGACUUCUAUAUGCGUGACGAGCUGAAAUACCACGGUCAUCGGAUGCAGCGUGGUGUCACGCAGAUCAACUUCCUGGAAGAGAAGAAACUGGAACCGGUGAAGGCUGCCAAUGGAUCGACGACCAUGCCCGAGGAUGGCGUCGUUGUGCCGUCCGGUCCUAAGAGCCACGAGUUGGAUGACGAAUGUCAAGGUUUCUGGAAGUAUCCUAGGGACUGCGAGUUGGACAAACAUAACUGCGAGUACUAUGCCAGCUGGGAAGUCACGGGCAAGGGAGAUUCCAUGCAUUUCCACAUUGAAACCAACAAUACGGGAACGUGGACUGGCAUUGGCUUCAGCAAGGAUCAGAAGAUGUCCCAAACCGAUGCCGUUAUUGGAUGGGUCGAUCUGAAUGGAAGACCUUUCCUGAUGGACACAUGGAUCAAUGGUUAUUCCUCGCCCAAGCUGGACGAUCGGCAGGAUUUGUUCAACGCAUCCGGAAAGAUUCAAAAUGGAAUGACCGUCAUGGACUUCAGCAGGAAGCGCGACACCAUGGACGACAGCGACUUGGCCUUCACGGAAGACCAGUGUCUAUAUCUGAUGUUCCCGCUGAGCGGAGGAAUGUUCAAUCCGGUUAACAAGAAGAUUCGGAAACACGAAUCCGUACCAGUUGUGACGGAUACCCGGGUUUGUAUUAAAUCCUGUCCGAAGUUGUUUGAAUAUCUGUUCAACCCAUCUGUGACGCCGGCACCGGAACGAGUAGCCUACCGGGCUGCAAUUAUGUUGACGAACCUGGCCACCGGCUUCGUGGUACCGGAGUCUGGAACGCCGGAGUACAAUGAUCUUUCGAAGUCCAUCACGGAGAGCUUCAACGGUAUGCUGAAGGGCGUCGGCGGAUUUCACAAAACCGAUGUGGUGAAUUUUGAAAAGGAUGCCAACGGUGUCGUAGUCAACAUGAACAUCCUGCUGAACAAGGACGGAAUCGAGAGCAACUUGGUGGAUGACCCUGCAAAAUUGGAGCAAACCAUCCAGCAUCUGAUUCAGAACAAUUUGUCAUCCGGAAAGGUUGGUGCUCUGUCGGUUGAUCCGGAGUUCCUGGAAUUCAUGGCCUUGGAAUACAAGCAACCGAUCAAGGAGGAACCGUCGUUCUUCGAACGAGCUGGAACCAGACUGUUUACCAUUUUGGGUUGCAUCGCUGCCCUGGUGUUCAUUGCCAUCGUACAGGCUACCUGUACCAUCUACAAGACGAGGUCGACGAAGCGGAUGAAGGAGCAACUGAUUCCCAACUCGGCCUGGAAGGACUAUUCGUCCAAUACCAACUAUGCCUUCGAUAACUUUGAGGCGGACAUGAAGAGCGGACACCACGGGAAGCAUCGGUCGGACCGAAGCUACAGCAACGGCAACAGCCAGCAGACGACACUGCAGAUGUCGCACUCGCCGAACAAGUCGCAGUACUACGAGAUCGAUAGGACCGACGGGAUGCACCGGAGCAACGGUGGUGGAGAUCACAGAAACGGUGCAAUGUACCCACGCUCGACGCACGACCGCCACGGUGAACGGCCCUCGUCGUACGCAGAGCGAGCUUAUUCCCUACCCCGGCCGAUGCAUCAACAGCAACAGCAGCAGCAACAUCACCAGUCGCACAUGCAACGACCCAGCGGAUCCGAGUACUACACCCAGGACCGACGCAGCAAGUCCCGGUCCAGCCAGCAGCCGAACCCAUCGUCGGGAGGUGGCGCUGCCCACUACGCGACCAGCUCGAUAACCAAUGGCAACGGAAUGCACUACCAGCAGGCCAGUAUGCACCAGAACAAUGGGGGCGGCAGCAGCGGCGGUGCCGGUGGCCAUCACAUGCCGGAAUCGUCCGAUCUGUACUUCACCCCGACGCAGCGAAAGUACUCCGGCGAGGUGGUGAGAGUGUUCGUCGAUUACAACAAGGACAAGAAGUAGAGCGGUUUACACAGUGCAAGUGCACCUCGUGGAGGUGAUGACGGUGCACACAUGCAAUCGCUAGCCAACGAAAUGGAAGCGAAAGAAAGUGAGGUGAGCGUUUUUUAUUUUCUUGAGAUGCAAUGAAGGGCGUGCCAGCAGAGAUUGCAACCAGAUGCAGUAGCUUUUCCUCUACUUAAUUAUGAUUUAAUUUGCGUUUUAUUGUUUCUCUCACCCUUCAGUUGAGCCACAUGAUUUCAAUUCACUUUUAUUUAUUUUAUUAUGUUUUUUUUUUUCUGCAAUUUACAUAUGAAUUAGGGUGCGACUUAUUUUCCGGAGUUUCACUGUCUGGUUUCGGCGGUUAUUGCACCCAAAUAGACAUCUACUCAAUGUUUGAUAUCGUCCUAUUCAAAAUCGCUUAAGUAUUUUGAAUUUCAAUUCAGUUUUGUUAAAGUUGAUUCAAAUACGGAGUUUUGCCGUAUUUUUGUUUAUCAGAUGUCUGGGGAGUACGCUGCACCCUAUUCUCUAUCCUCCUCUGUCUGUUUUACACACACAAAUCAGGGAGCCGAAGUCACAACAACCACAAUAAUCACACAGUUUUAGUUUUUAUUUUUUUAUUUUCAUAGUUGUACUAAACGAAAGUUUUAAGCGGAAAGUAUGUGCGAAGAUAAAAUCUAGAGUUUUAUAUUUAACCUAAAAGGACACAGUUAAGUUCAUCCGACUGCCCACGAACCCAGUAGCUUCACACCGGAAGACUGUCGGAUUGAGCGCUUGUAAAUUAUAUGGUUUUACACACAUUUGUUACUGUAGAGAGUACUGAACAAUCAAACAAAUAUGUAAGUUUUAGUCAGCCAUUAUCCUCUAAUCGCGGGUAGAUUUGUUUACGAUAGGAAAUAAUCACAAAUUGCAACCACACCCAUAUCGUUCUUGUAAAAUUGUAGAAUAUUAUUGAUAUUAGAUAAUGUAUAGCUAUUUGAAAGAAAUUCAGCACACGAGCAUGGCACUUUAAUCUCGAAAAUGUGGAUGUUUUGUGCCCUUGUGUAACGCAAUUUAAGGUAGCAAUAGCUUGUGUAUAAUAUCAGGAUAGAAAUUAGAUGCAAUUGAUUUUACCGAAAUACAUAACUGAAAAUGGAACAGUUGCUGAUGGCAUAGACUGCCGCCUGGAUGUACUCAUUAAAUGUUUUAAUAAUGUA